AUGGCCACCAAAACGCCUCAAGAGAGCCUCCUUGAACUAUGGGAAUCUAUUCCCAUACAACUGCGCCCCAAUGAGCCCUACUCGUUCAGCGCUUUGUCCCGUUCCGUCGCUUCCCUCGUUGCGAAAGCCCAAGAAGCCUCACAAUGUCGACACAAGGAUGAGCUGGCUGAUGCUCUUGCGGGGAUUCAGUCUUCCAAUAAUUCUUUGCAAGAACUACUGGAGCUAACCCGCCAAUACGCCUGUCAACCACCCAAAGAUAGAUUUACAGGAAAGAUGCCUAAACCUUUUACCGGGGCUGCCUCUGACUAUCGACGAUGGAAAUCCGAAAUAAAAGAUUGGGCCAUCAUGAACGGAGCAGCACCAGGAAACGCUCUCGCUGCGGCUAUCUUACGUAACAUAACUGGCCGUGCUAAACGAUGGGCAUUAUCUAAACAGGCUAGCCAGUAUUCAACAAUUGAGGAGAUCCCCGCCUCAACUACUGCCAUAUUAGAAGGGAUUUUCAAAGACAUGGAUGUAAUAUUCAUCGACGCAGGGGCUCAUGAACGAGCUUUUACAAAAUAUCAAAAUGCUCGACAGGGAACCAGACCUGUUUUUGAAUAUAAUAUCGAUUUCUUAAACAUAGUCCUUGAACUUGGAUACACGACUGGACCUCACUCGAUGAGCAUUUAUCAAUAUGUUAGUUCUCUUCGAGAUGAUAUUCAGAACAAAUUGCACCAAUGGGAGAUCGAUCAUGGGGACCAGGCCACUUUGACCGAUUACAUGCAACGGGCUGCCCUCUAUGACGCCUUGUAUCCAGCCCCAAAAAAGGGACGCCGGCAGGCGAAAAGUUAG